UGCUGCACAACAUCAACCCUUAUUUUACAGUGAAUAAACGUGUCGUCAUUUGUCACGCAGCCCCGGAAUUAUGCAGAAAGGGGAGUGUUUUUAAUUAUUAGGACAUCAAGAGAGCGUAUAAAAUCAGCUUUCUGUGACCUGCUCCUCAUUAAAGGGACAUUCCACCAGAAGGAGGUGCACCAACCAUGAGAGCUGCUGCUGCAUCGCUGCUGCUGCUGGCAGUGGCUUCACUAACUGUAGCAAAACCAAAAAAUCGUUUUAUUCGUUAUCCAUCAUGGGACACGAAGAUGUAUCCGGUUUGGAAGGAGGAUGACCCGCGAUUCAAAGACUCCUGGAAAGGUGGAAGGGUGAGCUUCAACGUCGACAAUGACUCCCCGACCCUGACCCGAGCCAAGGUCACCUUCACCAUCGACCUGGAGUUUCCUCACAACCAGAAGGUGCAGCCGGACGGAGAGGUGGUGUGGGCUGAAGACUGCGUUGUCAACGGAACAAAGUAUUUGCGACAUAAGCCGGUUUACCCAGCCCAGAACCAAGACUGGAGAGCUGUUUUUCCAGACGGAACACCUAUAAAGACAGACAAGAGGCCUGCAUACGUCUUUGUCUGGAAAACCUGGGGUCAGUACUGGCAGGUGGCGGACGGACCGUCCUCCUUCCUGACCAUUGACACGGAUGACAUCCCGCUGGGCUCCUACACCAUGGACAUCGUUAUCUAUCAUUACCGGAGCAAAGAGAAGUUCAUUCCUCUGGGAUAUGCGUCGACCCAGUUCUCCAUCACUGAUCAGAUCCCGUUCUCUGUCUCUCUGGACCAAGUGAACGACGUGCAGGCUGCAGACAUGCGCUUUGUGCAGAACCGGGCGAUCGCCUUCACGGUCACCCUCCACGACCCCAGCCAGUACCUCAGCAACGCCGACAUCACCUUCAACUGGGACUUUGGCGAUGAGAGUGGAGCCCUGAUCUCCAGAGAGCUGACCGUCACGCACACCUACAUCACCUCUGGCUCAUACAAGCCCCAGGUGGUGAUCCAGGCAGUGAUCCCCGACGGGUCAUGUGACCCCCCACCAGAGAACCCAACCACCGCUCCUGGUCCGCCUGCAGAUCAGGGAACCACAUUGAAAGCUCCUGCGCUGGUGACCGCUGGGCCCAUGCCGGUGUACAUCCAGCCACCUCUCCUGAACGCCGUCCCCUCAGACUCAGAAGACGACACCGCCGAGGGCGAGGCCUCUGCUGCCUCCUCGUCUCAGUCCGUCCAUGAAACGCUCUCAGAGGCCAGGACGCCAUCACCUGUCAACGGGGAGGGAGGAGGCAAACCCACAGGUGAAAAGAGAAGAUUAAGACUAACAGGAAAGGGUCCGUCUGUCGUCAUUGCAAAGAGGGAUGCUGGUGAUGACGAUGACAGCUGUGUGAUUUACCGAUACGGCUCCUUCUGCACCGGCAUUGAUAUUUUUGAGGGGAUUGAAAAAGUAGAAAUUGUGCAAAUGGAAAACGCUUUGGUGGCAGCUCCCAGAAUAGCCAGCAAUGUUUUAGAUGUCACUGUUACCUGUGAGGGAAGUCUUCCUAAAGAAGUGUGCAGUGUGAUUCUGGAUGCUGAGUGCCUGAAGCCAAUCCACACGUCCUGCAACAUGGUGGAACCGUCCAAAGAGUGUCACCUGUUGCUGCGUCACUUCUUCAAUGAGUCCGGACUCUACUGCAUCAAUGUCUCCAUGUCUAAUGAUGUCAGCUUUGCAGCCACAAGUGCUAAAGUCAAUGUGGAUAUGGGUUCGGGUCUGUCCUCCUCUGGACCCAUCCUCAUGAUGCUGGGGUUCCUCAUGCUUGUUCUGGUCGUGGGAAUUUCAGCUUACUCUUAUAAGCGCUUUCAGACCUACGUCCCGCUGAAGAAGGAACUUCCUGCCUGUGAAGACUCACAGCUCGGCGCGUCUCACGGACGCUCUGCAGCCUCAAUGUGCUGGAAUUCAGACAGACCAGCAGAAAACGACGACUGCCCUCUGCUGCAGGACCGGUCGCUGUGAAUCUGCAACACAAUUCAUCUUAAACUUACAAAAGCAUUGAGGGGACUUUUGCUUUUUUAACAUGUUUUUUAUCUAAUAAAAUUGUUGCUAAUGUUUAACUUUUAAUCAAACAAAUCCAGUAUGCAAUGUUUUUACAAAGAUUCUUUUGUACCAUCUUAAAUCAAGUUCAUGGUAACCAAAAUUUGCAAAAUUUUAAAUAAAUAUUGUU